CUCUGAAAAAUUUCCCUUUUCUUAAUUUUCCUUUUUUCAAGUUACCGUUCCAGAAAUCUAUUCUUAUCUUUUGUCGCUGGAUUUUCUUCAUCUGUAAAUACAAAUAAAAUUGUUUGUAUCUGUGUAGUUUCUACACUGUAUCUGUAUCUGCUUUCAAGGAUUCGGUUGUUGGCCGGGCGCCGCCGCGGCGUGAUUCCGGUUGUAGAUUUUCCGGGAGGAAAUGGCGAAGCGUGGAUAUAAACUGCAGGAAUUUGUGGCACAUGGUGGGAAUGUAAAUUGUUUGAGCUUUGGGAAAAAGAAUUGCAGAUCAUUCAUUACAGGUGGAGAUGAUCAGAAAGUCAACCUUUGGUCCGUCGGCAAGCCCACGUGUCUGACGAGCCUAUGUGGUCAUACAAGUCCAGUAGAAUCCGCAGCCUUCGAUUCAGCAGAGGUUUUAGUGGUAGCUGGAUCAUCUUCUGGAGCCAUAAAGCUGUGGGAUUUGGAAGAAACAAAAAUGGUUCGCACUCUUACUGGACACAGAUCCUAUUGUACUGCUGUUGAGUUCCAUCCAUUUGGUGAGUUUUUUGCAUCGGGUUCAAUGGACACUAAUCUAAAGAUAUGGGAUAUUAGAAAGAAAGGGUGCAUCCAUACGUAUAAAGGCCAUACUCGAGGGAUAAGUACUAUAAGAUUCACCCCUGAUGGGCGCUGGGUAGUCUCUGGUGGAUUUGAUAAUGUUGUAAAGGUGUGGGACCUGACAGCUGGGAAGCUUUUACACGAUUUCAAAUUCCAUGAAGGACAUGUUCGCUCCAUAGAAUUUCAUCCGCUCGAGUUCCUUUUAGCAACAGGUUCGGCAGAUAAAACUGUGAAAUUUUGGGAUCUUGAGACUUUUGAGAUGAUUGGAUCUGCCAGACGCGAGGCUACAGGAGUAAGAUCACUUGCCUUCCACCCUGAUGGAAGAACCCUUUUCUGCGGUUUAGAUGAUAGUUUAAAGGUUUACUCAUGGGAGCCUGUAAUUUGCCAUGAUUCAGUUGAUAUGGGAUGGUCAACUGUCGGUGAUCUUUGCUUCCAUGAUGGGAAGCUUGUGGGCGGUGCAUAUUUUGAGAACUCAGUUGCACUUUGGGUAGCAGAUGUUUCGCUUAUAGAGCCAUACGGCACAAGAUUGGCUCCGGAGCAACAUAGCAACUCGGAGCAGAAAUGUGAUAGUCAGAGCAGUCUUUCGGAGAAAGAAGAAAUCCAUGUAAAGCCAAAAUCCAAUACCCGAUCGACAACGCCAGAUAGCGAUUCUUCUAAAGAAAUCAAAACCAUAUAUGUUGACCGUGUAAGCUCUAUUACUCCGAAGACAGUUGACCCUCCUACUUCAAAGACAGUUGACCCUGUUGAUGUUCCUAAGGAAGUGAACGCUGUUAGAAUUCAGAAGCGUGGCCCCACAUCAAGUGUGCCUGCAAAAGCUCUUAAUAGAUCUCUGAUUAUGCCUAGUAUUGUACCUCGUGAUGGUCCCGAUGGAAGAGAUUCUGCUGGGUCUAGAAGGGAAUCUAUUGGGUCUAGAAGGGAAUCUAUUGCUUCAUCUAAGCCAACCAGUUCUGGCAUGUCUUCUAAGCCACCUCAUGCACGGAGGCUAUCAACCGGCCGGUUUGAUAUGGAAAGAAUGUCGGUUUCUCUUGAUUCUUGUGACGAUACGAAAAGUUCUUUGGUCAGUAAAAAAGAUUCGCAUCUACGCAAUAGGCUUGUUACCGAUGAAAAUUCUAACGAGUCCUCUGAGGUGAAACAAUCAAAUAACAAGACUGCUGUGGAAAAGGUGGAUAGAACUUCGUCACCCGUGACAAUUGUUCCAGGUGAUCAGACUCUGAGUUCCAGUAGAGGGGCAAUUCCUGUAAAAGUUGUCAAUGGAGUGGCAGUUGUGCAUGGAAGGACGCGCAGUUUGGUUGAGAGGUUUGAAAGAAAGGAAAAAAUAGACGUAGAUGAGAGUGGCAUCUCCGAUAAGGCUUCUGUUGUGGCUACUGAGCCUGUCGAAACACCGCCACCUCAGAAUAGCGACCAACAAAGUGUGAUGACGAAGAAGGACCAGUCAACUUAUGUAAUCGUGAAGGAGAAGUCGUCAACUUUGGAUGAUGAUAAUGUAAUCGUGAAGGAGAAGCCGUCAACUUUGGAUGAUGAUAAUGUCAUCGAGAAUCUUUUGCAGGGUCACGAUGUUUUAUUGAGCACAUUUAGGUCCCGACUGACAAAGUUACAGGUGGUGCGACACUUUUGGGAAAGGAAUGAUGUCAAGGGUGCCAUAAUUGCUGUCAGGAAAUUGCCCGACCAUUCUGUACAAGCAGAUGUAAUAGGUGUCCUCGUAGAAAGGCUGGAGAUUAUUACAUUGGAGCUGUUUUCUUGCUUGCUUCCUGUGCUUUUAGGGUUACUCGAAAGCAAAGCAGAAAGGCAUGUUAGUGUUUCUCUGGAGAUGCUUCUGAAACUGGUAGCAGUCUUUGGUACACUAGUUCGUUCAACAGUUUCAGCACCUCAAUCUGUUGGUGUCGAUCUUCAUGCAGAGGAGAGACGCGAAUGCUGCAAACAGUGCUUUGUCCAUUUACAAGGUGUACAAAAAAGUCUUCCGGAGCUUAUGAAGAGGGGAGGUGUAGUAGCAAGAUACGCACAACAACUGAAUAUGGUUCUACAACAAACGUGACACCCGGAAGAGAGAGAAAGUAGGUAGCUUAUUACCAAUUAACAAGAAUUACUUCAAGAGAGAUAUAAUACAUAUCUAUAUAUCAGGUAAAUGUCAUACUUGGGAUAUUGCAAAUUUUGCCUUGCCGGUAUCCAGUAUGUGCAUCGGUGCUAUUACAUAUAUAUGUAUUCCCAGUUGUAUGCAUUUUGUGUUGCAAGUUGUAUUGUAUUAACAGCUUGUGCUUUGUUGGAUACAAAUGACUUGCCAAGCUGGUUACCUGUAAUUAAUUUAUGUGCAGUCAUAUAUAUUUAUAUUUUUUUUGAAAAUGAAAAUAAUAUAUAUAGCAUU